AUGGCCAAAACGAAGAAGGAAAUACAAUCAUCGGGAGCCACUGAUGAGGAUGCCAUUCUCAAGGAACAAAAAUUACACGUCAUAUUGGAAGACCGUUUAUUUCACGAAACAGCUCGUACACUCAUAUCUGAUGAUGCUCAAGCCUACUCACAAGCUGUAGAUCCAAAUCAUGCUAAAAACAUGGCAUUUGAAAAUAGUAUCACUUAUCAUCCUCACGGAAUUAAGAGAAAAAGAAUCGGAGGUGGAUUUUCUAAAGCAAAGAAGGAAGGAGAUGAAGAUGCUUCAACAUCUUACAAAGUUUUCUGUUGUUGUUUCUAUUUUGGAAAUCGUUAUUUGAAACUCAGUUUUGCUCAAGUAAUGAUGACCAUCAUUAUUGCCAUGAUUGCCUUUGUUGCUUAUCUCAAGUUAACAGAAAAUGUAUUCUUCUUCCAAACUGUACACGAUUUAGAGGAAAUUGAUUAUUAUCAACUUUUGGAAGUACCACGAAAUGCCAAUGCCAAGGUUAUCAAGAGAGCCCACAGAGAACAAACAAAAAAGUGGCAUCCUGAUCGUAAUCCUGGAUGUGAAGAAUGUGUAAAGAAAAUGACUUUGAUAUCGGAAGCUUAUACUGUUUUAACUAACAAGGAAUUAGCAGAUUGGCACGUAGCCAAUGGACUUCGUGUGCCUGAAACUAUGCUUAAGAAAUAUGCCAGGGCAAAGAAUUAA